UGCAGCCAUCCCUUCAAAAUGACAUAUCAUCAAAUGUAUCGGCGGACGACACUAGGGAAUACCCUACAAGAGGCACUUGAUGAAAUGGUGGCUCACAAGUUGUUACAACAGAAGACCGCUUUGAAGGUUAUACAAAAGUUCGACCAAUGUAUCAGCUUAGCUUUGGCGAAGCGCGUCAAGAAUCGUUUAUCACUUCGGGGCCAUCUGAACACUUACCGGUUCUGUGAUAAUGUUUGGACUUUAGUCAUGAACGACGUCGAAAUAAAAGAUUCCUCCGCAAUCAUGACAGUGGACAAGAUCAAAAUUGUGGCAUGCGAAGGUAAAAGCGCCAAACAAACGCAAGUCACCGGCGGUGCGAGCGCCAACAAUGCCGUGAAGCCGACCGCAUCGAGCAGCGCGGAACGCGUCAAGGCGGCUCCUGUUGGAGAUGAUGAACCCAAGAGUUCAUAUUUGUCCGGCGACGAGUCAAGCUAGACAACAUAAUUCCCCCUUUGGUCCGUCAUAUUUUCCAUGGUCGCGAUUUUCAAGUACACUCAGGACGCUCCAUUUGUAUAUGCUGUAUUUAUGCAAAUAAACUCGAAAAGCACGUAAAA